GUUGCGCUGCCUGAUCAUGAGUACUGUUUAAAUCCCGCGACGGCAGUGAUGGCAAAUCAGGUGGCCGACGAGAACGAAGCCUUGAAAAUGCAGGUUAGGGAGCUCCAACACCAGCUGGAAGUGUUACAACUGCGAUCUCGUUUCGGGAUACAACGCCUGGCAGGGUCGGACGAGGACAUUAGUUUCUACACCAGAUUUGCCACAUACAAGCAUUUCCUUGCCUUUUGGAAAUUGGUGGAGCCAGCAGCCAACACCAAGAUGGUGCGGAUCACCAACGCCAAGGCAUCCUCUGCCAGCAGCUCGGAUUCCUCUCAACCAACAACAACGAAACUUCCACCCAUAGAUGAGCUGCUGCUGUUCCUCAUGCACCUGUCAGUGGGCCUACAUCUGAGGGAUCUAGCAGAACGGUUUGGCAUUCACCGCACCACAGUCAGCAGAAUUAUUUCCACCUGGACACACUUCCUGUACCAACUGCUUGGAAGCCAACGUCUGUGGAUCCCACGCGAAGUUGUCAGAGCUCACCUUCCACCAGAGUUUUCAGCUUUCCCUGACACACAAGUGGUGCUUGACUGCACUGAAGUAUUCUGCCAGACUCCAUCAUCUCUCCUGCUGCAGAGUGAGGUGUUUUCAACGUACAAGUCACAUGCUACAUUCAAGGCCAUGAUCGGCAUGGUACCACAUGGUGCCAUUACAUUUGUGUCUGGCCUGUAUGCAGGAUCUAUGAGUGACCGGGAGAUUUUCAAGCUGUCUAGCAUCGUGAGCCUGCUCACACCAGACAUGGCAAUAAUGGUCGACAAAGGGUUCCUUGUGGACAAUCUGGUUGAGUGCAAAGUUUACCGGCCUGCCUUUCUGUAA